GAUUGGACUUUUUGCGUGGACAGAACCAGACGAGCAGCCGCUGCCGUCGUCGCCAUGGUGAAGUUUCUGAAACCCAACAAGGCCGUCAUCGUCCUCCAAGGUCGAUACGCCGGUCGCAAAGCGGUCAUUGUGAAAUCCUUCGACGAAGGCACCCGUGACCGCCCCUAUGGUCACUGUUUGGUUGCAGGGAUAAAGAAGUACCCCAGCAAGGUUAUCCGCAAGGACUCCGCCAAGAAAACAGCCAAGAAGUCACGCGUCAAGUGCUUCGUCAAGCUCGUCAAUCACCAGCAUCUGAUGCCCACGCGCUACACCCUCGAUGUGGACUUGAAGGACGUGGUUUCCGUCGAUGCUCUUCAGACCAAGGACAAGAAAGUGGCUGCUUGCAAGGCAACCAAGGAGAGGUUUGAAGAGAGGUUCAAGACCGGGAAGAACAGGUGGUUCUUUACUAAGCUUAGGUUUUGAGGCUCUUUUUGGUAUUGUGUUAUCGUCUUUGAAA